AUAACUCGUCAGCAGCCAUAUUUGUUGAUUAUCGUCUGAGGUGGUUGUGAUAAAGAAAAAAUGUAAACAAUGAAGACCAAAACGGCUUCUGUUGAAGACCCUGCUGACUUUGAUAGUCCUCUGUUUGGUCCAUUAAGUAAUGAUAAGAGUCCUAAAUCAGCUUCAUCUAAUAAAGACAAAAAGGAUUCCAUCAAAAAGGAGGCAGACAAUAAUGUCAGUGGAUCAGGUUCAGACUCGGGCAAUUCUAGUGGUUCAAGUUCAGAUGACAGUGACUCUGAUUCAGGGUCAAGGUCGGGGUCAAACUCCGACACUUCAUCAUCAGAAUCUGAUGACUCCAAGUCUGAAGUGAAGGAGCAGAAUAAAACAGUGUCCAGAGUAGAAGAUACAGACUCUCAAGACACACAGAGUACCACACAGUCAGCAAAAAGAGGACGACCACGCAAGACCAGCAUCAAUGAUAUCAAACAGAUCUUGCGUGAAAUGUCAGAUGACCCUGACUUGCUGGGUCUUAGAAGGUCAGGGCGUGCCAAAAAAGAACCUGUCCGAUACAAUGCCAUGGGUGAGAGUGAUGAGGAUGACAGACCCAGGAAAAAGAAAGGCAAAAGAAAGGGUUCUGAGGAAUGGAAAGGUUCUGAUAGUGGCAGUGAUGAGAGUAGUGAAGAUUACAAGCCUUCUACAAGGGCCUUGUCCAGGUCUGGAAAUAGGCGUGGUGUAAGGUCAGUCCCGCCGAGACGAGGGCGUUCAGCGACUGGUAAUCUAAGUGAUUCAGAUGAGUCGGAAAGUGAUGACAAUGAUGUUGUUUCAUACAGAUCCUCAACAAAGAAAGUCAGGCGUGAUUACAUCAUGAGAAGAAAAGGAAGUAAAAGUAAAGUCAGUUAUAAAGAAGAUUCGGAUGACCAGACAGAUUCGGAUGACCUUAUUGAGGUCACUCAGGAUCAACAGGACGGGGAGGAAGAGGAAGAUAACAAGGAGAUUAUAGAAAAAGUACUGGAUGAUCGGAUUGGGAGGUCCACAGCAACUGGAAGCAAAACAACCAUAUACAAUGUCCAGGACAAUGGAGACCCAAAUGAAGGUGUAAACCCUGCCACAGAGGAAACAGAAAAACAGUUUCUGAUCAAGUGGAAAAACUGGGCUCAUAUACACAACACAUGGGAGUCUUACAAAACUCUCAAAGAACAAAAGGUACAUGGACUCAAGAAGUUGGACAACUAUGUCAAAAAGCAAGAGGAAAUCAAGGAAUGGAAAGAACAAGCAUCACCAGAAGAUAUUGACUAUUUUGAAUGUCAACAGGAAAUGGUUCAGGAACUGUAUCAACAACACAUGCAUGUGGAGAGGAUUAUUGCUCACUCAAAUCAAAAAAUGGCCAAUGAGAACAAUGGUUACCCUGACUACCUGUGUAAGUGGCAAGGUCUUCCAUACUCUGAGUGUACUUGGGAGGAGGGGGAAUUGGUGUCACGGAAAUUCCAGACCCUCGUUGAUGAGUACAACCUUAGACACAAGUCACAAAGGACACCUACUCCAGCCAAAUACUGCAAGGCUCUUCGAUACCGUCCAAAAUUUACUCCAAUGAAGAAUCAGCCUUCAUUUCUUGGUGGAGUUAAUAAUUUAGUCCUUAGGGACUACCAGUUAGAUGGUGUAAAUUGGCUUAUGCAUACAUGGUCAAAAGAAAACAGUGUGAUAUUAGCAGAUGAAAUGGGACUAGGGAAAACCAUUCAAACUAUAGGAUUUUUAUCAAUUUUGUACAAUACAUUCCAAGUGUAUGGACCUAAUUUACUUGUGGUACCAUUGUCUACUAUAGCAGCUUGGCAGAGGGAAUUUAAGCUGUGGGCUCCAGAAAUGAAUGUUGUUGUAUAUUUAGGAGACAUUAACAGUCGGAACAAGAUUAGAGAACAUGAAUGGUGCCACAGCGGGAACAAAAGGUUAAAAUUUAACGUCUUGGUUACAACAUAUGAAAUCCUCCUAAAGGAUAAGUCUUUCUUAGGUAGUGUUAAUUGGGCUGUACUAAUGGUAGAUGAAGCCCAUCGCCUGAAGAAUGAUGAUUCUCUUCUCUACAAAACUCUUUUUGACUUUAACUCCAACCAUAGACUUCUGAUUACGGGUACCCCACUACAGAAUUCCCUUAAAGAAUUGUGGGCUCUUCUUCACUUCAUCAUGCCAGACAAGUUUUACAAGUGGUCUGAGUUUGAGGAGAAGCACUCUUCUGCUCAGAAAACAGGAUUUGUGGGUCUUCAUAAAGAAUUAGAAUCAUUUCUGUUACGGCGUGUCAAGAAAGAUGUAGAAAAAUCACUACCCGCCAAAACAGAACAGAUUCUUAGAGUAGAAAUGUCAUCCAUACAAAAGCAGUAUUACAGAUGGAUCUUAACGAAAAACUACAAAGCAUUAAGUAAGGGACUGAAGGGCAAUGUGUCAAGUUUUGUCAACAUUAUUAUGGAACUGAAAAAGUGUUGUAACCAUGCUCAACUUAUUAGACCCCCAGAGGAGGAGCCUGCAGACAGAUUAGCGGCUUUGAUCAAAGGCAGUGGGAAACUGAUUUUGCUGGACAAACUGUUGCUGAGGCUUAAGGAAUCAGGUCAUCGAGUCCUAAUUUUUUCCCAGAUGGUGAGGAUGCUGGACAUUUUAGGAGAGUAUCUACAAAUGAGACAUUUUCAAUACCAAAGACUUGAUGGCUCUGUAAGAGGAGACCUAAGGAGACAGGCCAUGGAUCAUUUUAAUGCUGAGGGCUCAGAAGACUUCUGCUUCCUCCUGUCAACACGAGCAGGGGGACUUGGUGUAAAUCUUGCCACGGCAGACACAGUCAUUAUUUUUGACAGUGAUUGGAACCCCCAGAAUGAUUUGCAGGCACAGGCCAGGGCACACAGGAUAGGGCAGAAAAAUCAGGUCAGUGUAUAUAGACUAGUCAAUAAAAACAGUGUAGAAGAAGAUAUUGUAGAGCGAGCCAAAAGGAAAAUGGUGCUGGAUCAUCUAGUGAUACAAAGAAUGGACACCACUGGUCGAACAGUACUCAAUAGGGGCAUUCCUUCCAAUAAUUCUACCCCAUUUAACAAAGAGGAGCUGAGUUCCAUUCUGAAAUUUGGUGCUGAAGAAUUGUUUAAAGAAAACGAAGAUGAUGAAGAUGAACCGCAGGUGGAUAUUGACGAGAUUCUGAAGAGGGCGGAGACCCGGGACAUGGAGGAGCAGAACACAGGAGUAGGAGAUGAACUACUGUCUCAGUUUAAGGUGGUCAGUUUUGAGAACAUGGAGGAUGAGGAAAUAGAACAGACACCAGGAACAAAAACGGAAGAGGAAGAUAAGUCAUGGGACACAAUUAUUCCCGAGGCUGACAGGCGGAAAAUUGAGGAAGAAGAGGAACAGAAAAGAUUAUUAGAACUUAACCUGCCACCUAGACCCCGAAAAUCAAUACAACAGCCUCAAGUUGGUGAUGAUUCAGAUGACAAUGGUAGGAAGAAGAGUAAAAGGAAUGUAGAUGAUGAUGACAGUGAAGAAGAUGAGGAUGAAGAUGAUGAUGAUGAUGAUCAGCCUCGAAAACGAGGUCGACCAAAAAUGUCCAAGACAUCUGUUCGGGGCUUCAAUGACUCAGAAAUCCGAAGAUUUAUUAAAAGCUUUAAAAAGUUUGGAAGACCACUGACAAGAUUAGAUGCUAUAGCAUGUGAUGCUGAGCUUCAAGAGAAGUCAGAGAGUGAUCUACAAAGACUGGCACAAGUCCUGACUAAAAGCUGUGAACAGGCUAUGGAGGAGACCAAAAAUAAAACAGAUACAGAGAACAGUGAAGGAACUAAGAAAGGUAACAGAGGACCUUCCUUUAAGAUAUCCAGUGUGUCUGUGAAUGCCCAGGCCAUUGUCAAGGCAGGACAAGAGUUAGAGCCCUUGGCAGCAGUCAUUCCUACAGAAAAAGAUGAAAGAAAAAGGUUCCAGCUUCCUUUUAAGGCAAAGGCUGUACAUUGGGACUGUAUAUGGGAUAUAGAGGAGGACUCUAAUCUUCUGAAAGGAAUCUAUGAAUAUGGAUUAGGCAGCUGGGAGGCCAUUAAGAUGGACCCGGAACUUCAGCUGCAUGACAAAAUUUUACCAGAUGGAAGUGAUCUGAAACCUCAAGGUAAACAUUUGUCUACAAGAGCUGACCAUCUUCUGAAAGUGCUCAAAAAGAACUCUAUUCAGGAAAAUGGAGGGGACACUGUGUCAACAGGAACAGGCAGACCUAGAAAAAAGAGGAAGGGUAAACCCAAAAUUUCUACAGCAGAAAUUAUUGAGAAAGACUUCAGUGAUUCUGAAGAGGAUUCUCGUGUUAAUUUUAACAAUAAUAGUGCUACUAGAGAAGAGAACAGUCAUGAUAGUAUAUUAGAUCACCUGAAAAAGAAGAAAAAGAAAGACACUUUUAGGAGUGAUAAAAUUCUGGAGGAGGAGGAUACAAGGGAUUCAGUGGAUUUAAAGAAGAAAAAGAAAAAGGCAGCCAAAAAGGGAAAGAAGAGUGAUGCUAUGCAUUUCACUGCUGGUGCUGUACCUGUACCUGUGGCUCUGGAGACAGAGUUCAGUGGGGAACUUCCAAGUGAGGUGUUCUCCAAGUGUAAAGAAAUGAUGCGACCUGUGAAGAAAGCUUUAAAACGUUUAGAUAACCCUGAUGAGGGUCUCUCAGACAGGGAGCAGUUAGUCCACACUCGGCAGUGUCUGUUAAAAAUUGGAGAUAGGAUUAAUGAGUGCAUGGCUCACUAUAAUGACCCUGAGAUCAUUAAGCAGUGGAGAAAUUUUCUGUGGAUAUUUGUAUCCAAGUUCACAGAGUUUGAUGCCAAAAAGCUUCACAAGUUAUAUAAACAUGCUCACAGAAAACGGGAGGAGGAGCAGGAACAAGAGGGAGGAAAUAAUAAACCACAGACCUCGGAGAAGCCUGGGAAUCAUAUAGACCGACCGAGUGAGGGUAAGAAAAACAAGAGACCAGCAGAGUUUGGUGAGGCGGAGAAAGCCUCCAAGAGGCAGCAGCAUGAACAUAGGACCAAAGAACAUAAAAGUUCCACCUCAGUAAGUAAUGGUCCCCGUCCUAGCGCCAGCACCAACAGCUUAAGUCACAAACAUGGUGUCCUUGAUUCUAGUCACGACUCCAACUCUAAUGAUAGGUGGACUCAUGCUAGUAUGACAGUAGUUCAAAUACCUACGGGCGUCAGCAGCAUUAUCCAGAAAGGAGUUACCAUGGCAAUGACCCCAGAUUUGGGGAUUCACACCACAGAUUCAACAAUGAUCGGCGAGAGUAUUCUUCUAGUCACACAUAUCAUCGUGACAGAGGCGAUCAUUCAUCUAAUUAUCACUCUCAUCAUGAUCAUCACGGUAACUACCGGUCAGAUCACCGGGGUGACCGUCGUCCAGAGUACGGACAGUAUGGUCACCGAGAUUACGGCAGCACCCGUCCUGACAGCAGUAGUUACCAGUCGCAUUCAGAUAGGAAACGUAAAGGUGACGUUAUCCCAGACCGUCGAUCUCAGAAGGAUCCUCGUUUUCACGAGGACACUAGUCGGUCAUCAUUAUACUCCAACUCCAGUCAAGACACCAAGAUUUGAUCCCAUCACCCUUAUAAAUCCAUAUCUGGAGUGGAGAUUGGCCAUUACUCACCUAUCAAUUCCCAAAUAUGGGAGCCUUCCAUUCAAUAUCACCAGUCAUCGUCUCUUCUGGAAGUCCAGCUUAUCAGAAUCAUGUGGACUGGGCUAACUUUUUAAAUCUCACUGCCACAUCUUAUAAGAUCAGUGCAUUUUAUUUGUGCAAGACACAUUCUGGAAAAUGUGAUAAAUUAUUUUAGUUUGCAGGCCUCGCUCAUCUGUGGAUUUAUCUUUUCAAAUGUGAGAAAGUCUGCCCGUUUUAAGUGUGUCAGUUGUUUUUGCUUGUCAAGCAUUGUACUACAGACUGAACCAUUUUAAGUUUGCUGUUUUAUUCAUGUGUAUGUCUUUGUUUCAUGUUUUCUCCCACUUCUACGUGCAGCUGGUUUGAAGAAAUUUGCAUGAAAGUAGUACCUGGUUUUAUUUUCUUAAGUGUUAAUGAACUUUUCAUUUGAGAAUUCAUUUUGAUUGUCACACAAAUAGUGCUCAAGUUUUUAGUUAUAUGCAGUGCUCCACAUUAGGGUCAAGUUUAAGUUAAAAUGCAAAAAAGUGUACAUGUACUACAUAAGCUGUAAUUUAUAAUAAUAUUUCUUGAUUAGAGUGAAUCAAGUACUUUUCAGUGUUUUAAUAGAAUAAACAGAAAAUUAAAAAAAAAAAAAUAUUUGCAAGUCCAUAAACAAAGGAAUGAUUACAAAUUAUUUCAUGAAAAUGAUUUAUUGUGUUAUCAAUACUAUCCUGCAAAAAUUUUGUGACAACAUUGGAAAUUGGUCUUGUAUACAAUUCUGCUUGAUGCAGCUUCAAUAUUUCACCUGCAAUUUUUCAUAUUUAAUUUAUGAAGAAGGAAAUUACAUGUACCAAGAAAAGACCUGAAAGCAGAUAUGCUGAUCUCAUCCUACUGCAAGUGCUUUGUGCUACGUAUCUGUCUGAUGAGAAAGUCUGUGAUAACAUUUGGUUAAACCCCAUGUUUAUGUGUUCAUUUGUGAGAGAAUGAGUCAAAUUCAUUCAUUUAUUAUAUGAUGUACAUAUUCAUUUUGUAUGUAAAAUAUUGUAUAUAUGAAAUAAAAGUGGCAAAGAUAUAGAAUUCA